AUGUUAUUCACUUAAACAAAAAUAACAUAACAUUAAAUUAAUGCUAUUUGGAAGUAAAGUAUGAAGAGGUUUCUAUAAUUGCCCUAAUUUACAAAUGAUUGGUUUCUUUAACUAAUUUAAGGAUCAUAUUUGGACAUAGCAAUUGAAAAAUAAUGGGAAACAUCAAUAAAGUGUUAAUUCAGACAUGGAGAGGAAGAACAAAUUAUGGAUAUUAAAAAAAGAAAAAAAGAAACCUACUGA